AGAAUUUUUAAAGGAUUUAAUAGAUUUUUCAGCUUACAGUGAUAAUAAAAUCGAAGAUGUAGCAACGCGCAGCAUCCUCUAUCUAACAGAUAAGGCUUUGAAUUAUCCGACUUACAAUCACUCACGGGGAUUGGUCAUCGAUCAACUAAUUCGAUUUCUCGGCUUUCGCCCGGAACAUCUACGACCUGAUGCGCCUUCAUACAUUCAACCUAUAAGAGAGUUAUUGAUACUGCCAAAUCCGAAUUUCCUCAGUGCUCAGCUACAAUGGCCAUUUGAUCCAGAAAGCGUGUCGGUUCCAGCGCAAGCGCGCGACUGGUACGAACUGACUAUCUACUGCCCAGCACGAGACAAACGUAAUAUUGGAGCCGGACAACGAGCUGGUUUGCUUACAAAGUGGGAUGCAGUAAAGCUGAACAGUAUGUUCUGUCCUGAUCGGGUUGGCGCCAUCGAUCCACGCUAUGGCCCAUGUGUUGUACCACGAAAAAACGCGCAUGUUUAGCA